AGGUUGGAUUGUUUUCGCAAAACGAAGGUUUUAGGCCGUGUAAAAGCUUUCGAUAUAAAUAUUGGACGACGCCAACCGAGAAGUAUCAUUGAUCACAGUGACUUCAGUGUAGAAAUACAUACCCCUUUUCCAGCUUCAGCAUAAUGGCAUUCAAGUUCGUCGUAUUCCUGGCUUCGUUGGCCGUUGCCAGCGCUGGAUACCUGGAAGCCCCAGUGUCGUAUGGUGCCCCCGUAGCCCACUACUCUCCAGCUUCGUCUGUGAGCUACAGCACCAUCUCUCAGGCUGCUCCAGCUGUGGCCAAGACUGUGGCCUAUGCUGCCCCAGCUGUCCACGCUACCUAUGCUCAUGCUGCUCCAGUUGCCACCUAUGCCGCUCCAGUUGCUAAGACCUACGCCUACUCCAGCCCUGCCGUAGGAUCCACCCACGAGAGCACCAUCCGCAGCCAUGAUGCCACCAUCUCCCACCAGUCCAAGGCCAUCGACACUGCCUUCUCCAGCGUCCGCAAGUCUGACACCCGCAUCACCAACGAAGCCCCCAAGCUGGCCUAUGCUUCCUACGCCGCCCCAGCUGUCCACACUUCCUAUGCUGCCCCAGUUGCCGUCGCUAAGCAGGUGAGCUAUGCUGCCCCAGCUUACCAGACCUACGCCCAUGCCGCCCCAGCCAUCCAGACCUACGCCCAUGCUGCCCCAGCUUACCAGACCUACUCCCAUGCUGCCCCAGCUUAUCAGACCUACGCCCAUGCCGCCCCAGUCGUCACCAAGCAGGUCAGCUAUGCCGCCCCAGCUAUCCAGACCUACGCCCAUGCUGCUCCAGCUAUCCAGACCUAUGCCCAUGCUCCAGUUGCCGUUGCCAAGCAGGUUAGCUAUGCUGCCCCAGCUGUCCAGACCUACGCCCAUGCUGCCCCAGCUGUGGCCACCUAUGCCCAUGCUGCUCCAGUUGUUUCCGCCCACGCCACCAAGACCCUGACCUACUCUCCAGCUGUGGAGGUUGCCCAUGUCAGCUACGACGGAACUCAUGCCCAUUAUGGCUGGUAAAUCGUUCAUCACUGAGUCACUAACCAACGCCCCAAGUUCCCCUUUGUAACAGAUUUUGUACACAUUUCCCUCAGAAACCCCCUUCCCAUUCCCCAAACGAAACGUCCUAUUUAUUAGACUGUUGUUUUGUAUAAGUAACUCACCCCAGCAGAGUUGUCCUCAAAUGUUCCUUCCUUCCUGUGGGAAAGAAUUUGCCAUCCUGAGGACAAUCUUUCGAUUGUAAAAUAUAAAAAACACAUUAGACAAAACCAAA